AUGUGAGAGCUGUGUGGAACUGCUGUUUGUGAGAGGGGCUGGGAACUGCCAGGAGUGUGAUACCCCCCUGCGGAAGAGUAACUUCAGGGUACAGCUCUUUGAGGAUCCUGCUGUUGACAAGGAAGUGGAAAUUCGGAAGAAAGUGCUGAAAAUAUACAAUAAAAGAGAGGAUGACUUUCCCAGUCUAAGUGAAUAUAAUGAUUUCCUGGAAGAAAUAGAAGAAAUUGUAUUUAACUUGACAAACAAUGUGGAUUUGGAGAACACCAAAAGGAAAAUGGAGCUGUACCAGAAGGAUAACAAAGAAGUCAUUCAGAAAAAUAAGUUAAAACUGACACGGGAGCAGGAAGAGCUGGAGGAAGCUUUAGAAGUAGAGCGACAGGAAAACGAACAAAGGCGACUGCUCAUACAGAAAGAAGACCAACUACAACAAAUGAUGAAAAGGAAGAAUAAGCAGGCACUCCUGGAUGAUCUGGAGAGCUCCAGUCUUCCUGCUUCGCUGCUUUUAGCUCAGCAUAAGGACAGAUCUACACAGCUAGAAAUGCAACUGGAAAAACCCAAACCUGUCAAACCAGUCACGUUUUCCACUGGCAUCAAAAUGGGUCAGCAUAUUUCAUUAGCUCCCAUUCAAAAACUAGAUGAAGCUUUGUAUGAGUAUCAGCCUCUGCAAGUGGAGACAUAUGGACCACAAGUUCCAGAGCUGGAAAUGCUGGGAAGGCUGGGAGCCAGAUUCAGCCUUCACCACCUGUUUGGAUGGAGCACAGCUGUGAGGGACCUCCAGUGCGAGGGGAGCUCUGAGGCCCCCUCAGCCCUAAGCCUCUCACAAAUGAAAACACUUGGGGUGGGGAAAAAGAUGAUUUGUGUAGGGAGGAUGCCCAGUCCCUUCGCCUGGUUCCCUGUAAG